AUGCCGCUGCUCUUUCAGAUGACUGUGUGCGUGGACAUCCGUGUUGUGGUCCCCGGACCCUGGGUUGCCUUCUCUUACAGCUCGGUCCACGCACCCAGGCCUGAGCUGGGUCUGGAGGGAGAUGACGGAGCUCUGUAUGGGUGGCUGCUAAGGGUCCGACACCGAUUUCCUCUCCAGUUGUCCCCGACUCACUGGCACAGGGUGUGCCUCAGGAGGGAUGUACCACGCAACUCCUUUAGCCUGGAGGUUGAUGGGAAGAUGGUGGCCGAAAGGACCGUCAUCGCUCAGGCCAUCCCCCCUUAUGGCUCUCUGUGGCUGGGUUGCCGUCCCAGAGACAGACCCCCGGGAGCCACGCUCGGAAAAGUGGAGCUGUACCUGUUCCGGAUGUGGGAGGACUUGGGUAACCAUGGCCUCUGUGAGGACGGCACUGUGAUUGGCUGGAACGCUCAGUACUGGGGCCUGACCAGUCCCAAUGCCAGGCAGAGAGACCCUCACCUCCUGUGUGCACUGAGACGGGUGGGGCAAAUGGUGGGUCAGUUGGAGAACCUUCUGGAUGGCCCCACUGUCUCUCAGGCAGUGGGACAAAAAGCUGUCAACAUCAUCAGCAACCUGAUGGAGGGUGACUCAGUGGCCCUGACUGCAUCUGCUAAUAGGCUGAUUCGAGUAGUGGAUAAUCUGGGUCUUAAACUGGUUGUCAAUGGCGACAGAGGGAUCCUCUCUUCAAAUUCGUUGGUUCUGGCAGUCAGGACAGUGGAUGGGACCAACUUUCCAGCAACAUCUGUCAACAUCUUCAACACCGAUAACGUCCAGCACAGAAUAAAAUUCUACAAAAAGCUCCGUGCUCUCAGCAGGUCCCGGUCCAAGAGAUCAGGUUCUGCUCUGGGGUCUGUAUUCUUGCCUUCCAACCUCACUGCGGGACUUAGUCCUGAGCAGCAACAACAGGCGAGCAGGGUCCAAUUCACUUUCUACACCAAAAGUGCCUUUUUCCAGGAUGCUACAUUAGAUAACAACACCCUUGUCAGUCCAGUUCUGGGCUCCAGUGUUGCCAAUUUGUCAGUAAGCAACUUGACUGAGGACAUUCAGUUUACCAUCCGAAACAUCAACCCAAUACACGGGAACUUUGUGGCCUCCUGUGCUUUUUGGGACUUCACUCUGAAUGGUGAUAGAGGAGGCUGGAGCGCUGCCGGCUGCUUUGUUGUCAAUUCUACACCAGAAGAAACAACCUGCAGCUGCAACCAUCUCACUUCAUUUGCAAUACUGCUGGAUUUGUCCAGAGGAGGAAUAACUGACCAUCAGCAGGCACAAGUUCUUACUUUCAUCACCUACAUCGGCUGUGGAAUCUCUGCUAUUUUUCUUGCCGUCACCUUACUGACAUACCUUUCAUUUGAAAAACUGCUGCGAGAUAUUCCCGCCAAGAUCCUGGUCCAGCUCUGCUUCUCCCUCCUCCUCCUCAACCUGGUCUUCUUACUGGACGGUUGGCUGGCGCUCUACCCGGCGAUCGGGCUGUGCACCAGCACCGCCUUCUUCCUGCACUAUUUCCUGCUGACAUCAUUCACCUGGGCCGGGCUGGAAGCCCUGCACAUGUACCUGAGCAUCAUCCAGGUGUUCACUCCUUACCUGAGCAGAUACAUGCUCAAGUUCACACUGAUUGGCUGGGGUAUUCCUCUUCUUGUGGUGAUCAUUACCUUAUCGGUAGACAAAGACAACUAUGGUGUGGUUACAUAUGGAAAAUACACAAAUGGCACUUCAGAUGACUUCUGUUGGCUGCGUAAUAACGUCGCCUUCUACGUGGGCGUGGUGGCCUACUUCCUCCUGAUCCUUGUUCUGUGCCUGCUGGUCUUCAUCGUCGUUAUGGUCCAGCUGGCCCGGAUCAAGAGGCAGAACCCUCAGAACCAGUCUCCUAACCGGGGAUUGAUGACUGACCUGCGCAGCAUCGCCGGCCUCUCCAUCCUGCUCGGUCUCACCUGGGGGUUCGCCCUGUUCGCCUGGGGACCGCUCUACUUACCCUUUGUUUACCUUUUCUCCAUAUUCAACUCUCUGCAAGGUUUCCUUGUCUUUGUUUUCCACUGUGCUGUGAAAGAGAACGUCCGCAGGCAGUGGAGGACGUAUCUCUGCUGUGGGAGACUGCGACUGCCUGAAAACUCAGAUUGGAGUCGAACGGCCACCCAGAACAACAGGAAUCUGUCGGUCACCGCGCCGAACGCCGCUCGGCCCUUAACCUCUCGCAGCUCCUCCGUCAUCAGCGAUGGCACCAACAGCAGUGGCUCUGUGUUUGCAGACAGCGGAAUAUCAGAGGGAUACAACAGCGACGUCGUCCUCAACGAGCUCCACAGACGAACUCUGUCACCACAAGGCGAGGCCUGACAACUGUGUCAAGCGUUCAUUUGUGAUGACAGUAAUUAUCUACUCGAAGAGGGCCGAGAUGACAGACAGAGAUUAGCACUCUCCUGCAGAUGGAGUAAACAAAAACGCAGUAAUCACAGGAGUGGUUCCUCACGGGGUUCAAAGAAAUCACAAGAUGAUGAAAGGAUGGACAGGAACAGGAGA